GAUGAAAGUAACUGCCAUUUACAGUUACCUUUGAUGCCUCACGAUUGUGGGACAUCAAAACCAUGCCAGAGCGCUCAAACUGCAUGCAGUGAGCGUGCGCAAUAUAUAUAUAUAUAUAUAUAUAUAUAUAUAUAUAUAUAUAUAUAUAUAUAUAUAUAUAUAUAUAUAUAUAUAUAUAUAUAUAUAUAUGUAGCGGUUUUUGAGUUGUUUUCAGACGAGUGUAUACCAAACCGGGCAAGCAGAGAAUUCUACUUGACCGCGGCUGGGAUUCGAACCCGCGACCUUCGCAUUUCUAGAACGACGCUCUACCGUCUGAGCUACAAGGUCAAGCUGAGAACGACUUGUUAAGUUAUGAUGUUAGUUGCAUUUCGGAGGUUAGUCCUUCAAUGCGUAAAGCCAGCUAUUAGUCUGGCAAUGUUGUAUGUGAAUGUUGUGGUUUCCCACGUUGACGAUUCCACUCGUGUUACGUUAUGUAGCGGUUUAUGAGUUGUUUUCAGACGAGUGUAUACCAAACCGGGCAAGCAGAAAAUUCUACUUGACCGCGGCUGGGAUUCGAACCCGCGACCUUCGCAUUUCUAGAACGAUGCUCUACCUUCUGAGCUACAAGGUCAAGCUGAGAACGAUGUGUUAAGUUAUGAUGUUAUCAGCAACACAUCGUAAAUAAAUAUAUAUAAAUAUAUAUUGGACACGUAAAAUGUAAAUCUAUAUCUCUAUAUCUCUAUAUCUCUAUAUCUCUAUAUAUCUCUAUAUAUAUAUAUAUAUAUAUAUAUAUAUAUAUAUAUAUAUAUAUAUAUAUAUAUAUAUAUAUAUAUAUAUAUAUAUAUAUAGCUUAAGUUUUUGGUUUACGCAACACAAACAGUGCUCAAUACCAUAUAGAUAGAGCGUAAUAUAGUUUUUCGUUUUACCUCAAAAAACCACAACAGUCUGUUUCAUCCGUAUAGGAAUCAUCAGGUGGUCUGAUAUAUAUAUAAAAAUAUUUCCCACGAAAUAUGUCACACCUGAACUAAUUAGAUAAGUGAGUAACAAUUUAAUUAUAUUUAAUGUUAAUCCCUGGCGCGCCUGUUGAAGAGGGAGGAAAUUUAGAGCACUUGAAACUAUGUAACAGCUAGGGCCAAGAACAAGGUAUUAAACCAAGAUAACUUCGAUAUUUUGCAAAUCUCCAUUAUCAGUGGUCAAGUGAAGAACUCAGAAUUUAUCUUCAACAUCAUUUUGGUCCUACUUUCAGGUUAGCGAUACAUUUCUUUUUUUACACAAUCAUUCUUUCACCUAUUCUCUUCUAUUAUGGCUUUACCCAACCCAAAGGUACUGGUAUUUGGUCAUUCCUUUGUGAAGCGCAUGCAUCGGGAUUUAAGAUCCAAAUUCGAUGUUCGCGCUGCCCUAAAUUUUAACAUGCACAAUGUAGCUAUCAAACUGCAUGGUGUUGAGGGGAGGACUGUUGACAAAUUAGUUAAAUUAAAUUUGAUUUCAACAGGGUUACCCAGUUUCAGCCCAACAUUGUUAUUUUAGAGGUUGGGAAAAUGACUUAACCUUGGAAAAACCCGAAACUGUGGGAUCGAGAAUUGACGAUCUAGUGCGCAUGUUGCUCGGGGUUCCAUCCGUCAGAGUCGUCGGCGUGUGUUUGGUAACCAAUCGGGCCUCUUCUCCAAAAUUUAGCGAUCUUGAACCAAUAUACCUUACGGUUGUGUUAGAAGAUAAGCACAACGUCUUCUGUUGGAGACAUAAAGGCUUUACUCAGCCAACCAUUUCGCCUUUUCUGGCUGAUGACGUCCAUUACACCCGCAGAGCUCAAUAUAUUCUUUGUAUAGAAGUUAUCGGGGCGCCAUCCUCAAGGCCAUUCAGUUUCUUUCACGCUGUGCGGUCGCAUUUUUAUUUGAUUUUUCUUAUCCUCAUUUAUAUACCAUUACAUGUUUAUGUUAAAAUACAGCUAUCUCACCCUUCGUGGUGAGUCGAGGCUUCGCCCUCAACAUUUGUUGUUAUACGGAUCGCACUUCGCUGUGUUCCCUGUUGAGGCUUCGCCCUCAAAAAUUUUUUGUCAGAGGCUUCGCCCUCAUUUAAUGCAAAUGUUUUACUGCACUGUAAGCCGAGGCUUUGCCCUUUUUUCCAUCUGGCGUUUUGGGCAAGUGGUGCGGUCACCGUUUUAGUGUGGCCAAGCUUGAUCCAGUCAGUUAAAAUUCUCCUAUUUGUCGAUCGCGUUCUCGUUCCUUACACAAUCUGCGUUCUGAGGGGCAACUCACUUCUAAUCCAUUUUGCAGUAAUUUCUUUUUCAGUUCAUUAUGCCACCUAAAGGUUCUAAGAGUUCGAAACGCAAGUCGUCGAAAUCUCCGGCCGAUUCAUGAUCGCCGUCACAGCGACCUCGUGUGCUGACUCGUAGUUCGACCAUUGCUUUAGAGCCAACCAUUGCUUCUCCGUCCGCUGGUGCAACAACGAGCUCAACCGUACGCGAACCCGUCAGCGUCGCCAGCACAUCGGCAGCGUCUGAUGCUGGUACCAUCUCCCCACAGCUUCUUCAGCCGAUCGUGUCAACAGUUACUGCUGAAGUUACUCGGCGACUUACACCACACCAUCAAGCGGAGCUUUCGGCCGCUGUUGUUGAGGCCCCAGUUGUCGCGAUGGGAGCAUCCACCUCGACUGAAGAAGCCUUACAGUCCGUGCAUUCCGCCGUUGCAGGUGAGCCUUCCUCUUAUUCUGCGAUGCCAAGUCAACCCUACGAAUCGAUCCAUUUGCCUCUUGACUCCAGGAUAACAACAAAAUUAAAAAACAAAAUUUGGAACGACGAAUAUAUUGAUUUUGGGUCUUUGUUGAGCAAUCCCGGGGCGGUCGACACCAAAUUUCAAUUGAGUGUAAAGACCUCUAAUGAUGGUCUUCAUCCCUCUCUUUCGUUUGAACCUGUCCACAAACCACAAAAGGUCGCCCAUAUCGCGACCUGGAUGAGCGCUUUCCGAAUUUUUGUCGGGGUGUACACACAGAAAUAUCCUCAUGAGUCCCCCGCACUCAUGAAAUACGGCGAUAUUGUGCAGGACCUAGCAAAUCGAGGCCAUAAUUGUCGUUUUUACGAUGAAAAUUUUCGUUUUCUGAGACAGAAAGAACGCAGCGCGGUGCCUUGGGCCAAUGUGCAUUGGGAAUUGUGGCUAAGAUCGCAGUAUCCUACCAGUAGAUCAGUCGGCCCUGGGCAACGCGCUGUCGCUAAUACUACCAAAUUGCCUUUUCUUAGUAUACCUCGCGGCCAUUGUUUUAGAUUUCACAAAGGCGACGCAUGUUCGGAUUGUGAGUUUAAGCACACCUGUUUUUAAUGCGCUGGCUCACACCCAGCCAUAAGAUGUAAUUUUCGUGGCCCACCAAAACGAGAUCCGAACCGAAACGCUAGGUCCGAUAAGCGCAAUGCCGCUCCCAACCCCCAUACAAAUAAAUCAUCUUAAUUCAUUUUUACAGGGUUAUAACCCUGACGAUAGCAAAACACUUGUUUCAGGUUUUACGCAUGGUUUUUCUUUACAUUUUAACGGCUUCAUUAACCAAACUGAGGGUAAAAAUUUGACUUCGGCUAAAGCGCACCAAAACGUUGUUACUCAAAAACUGUCUAAAAAUUAGUCGCUGGCAGAAUCUCUGGACCUUUUCAUGCCAUGCCAUUUCAUCCGUUUCGAGUUUCCCCCUUGGGUCUUGUGCCUAAAAAGUCUCCUGGUGAAUUUCGAUUGAUCCAUCAUUUAUCUUUCCCACGAGGAUCUUCAGUCAAUGAUGGCAUUGGUCCUGAGGAUACUAGUGUGCAUUUAUAUGCCACCGUGGCUGAUGCAAUACGUUUAAUCAAAUCCAACGGGAAGGGUUGUUUUCUUGCGAAAACAGACAUUAAAAAUGCGUUCCGUAUUAUUCCUAUUCGACCAGAGGACCACUAUUUACUGGGUAUGAAAUGGCAGGGCAUGUAUUAUUAUGAUCGAUGCCUUCCUAUCGGGGCAGCCAGCUCGUGUAAAACAUUUGAAAUUUUUAGUACGGCUUUACAGUGGAUUGCUCAACAAAAACUUCUCAUUGAUUCUAUUUUACAUUUACUUGACGAUUUUCUCCUUGUAUCCCCCAUCUUAUGACGCCUGUGCAGUUCGAUUAAAACGUUUUCUCGAUUUUUGCGCUUUUAUUGGAUUGCCCAUGGCACCGGAAAAAACGUGUGGUCCUUCAACCACGCUUUGUUUUGCAGGUAUUGAGUUAGACACGAUCAGAUUUGAGGCCCGUUUACCUUUGGAAAAGUUGAGAAAAUGUGUUGACAUUAUUUCUGAUUUUCAAAAGCGUAAGAAGAUUACCUUAAAGUGCCUAUCUCAUGAUUGAGGUUUUUACAUAUUUAAUAUAUUUCCAACAUUUUAAGACGAUUUGCUUAAUAUUAUCAAAAGCAAAAAUUUAAUCUUCCUUAUCAUUUUUGUAUCUGCGAAGCAGAUAUAUUGCUGUCGCAAACGUACCGUACCGUACUGUUACCGUAUCUCUAGCCAUUCAGCGACGAGCUUAUAUAAUUUAAAAGCCAAUCGGCGAUUAGCUUACAUCAUGCACACACCUAACCUGCGAACGGGCAUAAAUGGCGGGCUGAUGGCCUCGUGUUGUCAAGUGUUCGCCAUUUUGGGUUCAAAAAUAUGUUGAAUUGCUCUCUUAUUUUCUCGCCAUUCUACUAUUAACAUGGAAACUUAUCCUCAUCUGGUAAGUAGUCAAUCUCUUCGGAGAUCAAAACAAUCUCUUCGGAGAUCAAAACAAUCUCUUCGAAGAGCAAAACAAUCUCUUCGGAGAUCAAACAAACAAUCUCUUCGGAGAUCAAUAAAACAAUCCCUUCGGAGAUCAAAUCAAUCUCUUCGGAGACCAAAUCAGUCUCUUCGGAGAUCGGAACAAGCAAAUACAUAUGACAUUGUACAUUUAUACUGUACUCAUAGUAGCUAUAUUAAGUGUAUAAAUUCAGAUCACUGUGCAUGUAGUUGCAGAUCGACUGUACGGAAAAUAACUAAGCAAGCAAAUGCUAAACGAUGUAGAGACCGUGCACCUUCCAGAUUACCUUUAAAGAGAAUUAUAUUAGCUAUGAGAAAGAGAAAAAAUAGAUAAUUUUUAAAGCAUUAUUUUGUAAGAACUGCCCCCAGGUCAUCCAUUUUGAACAAGAUAGCUAGUAAUUUCAAGCAAUGUUGUUUUCAAUUUGUGCAAAUAUAACAUAUUUUUAUGAAUUCAUUUGGAUAUUCUAAGCCAUGUGUCAACUUAGUUCACAAAAACAUGAAUACAGCAAAAGAAUCAUUGUGUAAUAUGUUAAACUGUCAAAACAUAGCAGGCAAUAUUGCCAAUGAACAAUAUCACAUAUCUCAAAGGACACUAAUGUUAUCAGGAGAUAUUGAAUUAAAUCCUGGUCCUGUUCAAAACAACAGUUCAACUAGGGUGUCGUCAAAUGUAGUGUUACAACAAAGGUUAAGACGCUUUCAGUUAAGACCAUUUGAUGUCGGUGGUUAUGGUGACUGUUUCUUUCGAGCUGUGUCACAUCAAUUAUAUGGUGACCCUGAACGACACUUUGAAGUUAGAGCGGCUGGUAUUGCGUAUAUGAGAGAUAAUCCUGAGAGAUUCAUUGAAAGUAAUACUGAAAUCUCUUGGUUAGAAUACCUGAAUAAUAUGUCUAUGCAAGGGACAUGGGGUGAUGCUAUGAUAAUACAAGCUGUGGCUGACAAGCUUAAGUUAAAAAUUACUAUUUGCAGAGACGCAUGAAGGGUUUCGUGAGUACAGUAUAAUACAACCUGUAUCAUCAACACAGCAACUAACUCAUGUCUAUUUGGGACAUAUAGAUGAGUAUCACCAUGUAUCAGCAUUGUCAUGUACUUCAACAUCAGGUUUUGUUGAGAUAUACCCUGAACAGUCAACCCAGAGCUCUCAGCCUAAGCAAACAAGAACACAGUAUAUAAACAAAUACAUGAAACCAAAACAAGCUAAUGAGACACAGAGCCCCGAGUCUAAGGAAAGGAGAAGAGUUUAUGCAAAGGAAUAUAGGAAACGUAAACAGGCCAGUGAGGGGACCGGCUAAACGGAGAGUUAUGAAGUGGAGAUUUAUCUCGGAGAGUUAUGAUUUCGGAGAGUUAUGGUCGAACCACCCCCAAACCACGUCCACUUUUCCCAACGACCUCACCCAAUUUCUUAACUCUCUCGAGGUUUCCUUGAACUAACAUGAGAGAGUUAUGUUUGACGUAACUCUCUCUCGUUAACAUUAUGAAGAUGUUAGAGAGUUAUCAUUUUUUAUAACUCUCCGCGUUCAUGAUUGUGGCAAUGAAAAGAGUUAUGUCAGCUUUUUUGAAAAAAACGUCCACAUAUUAGUAAAUAUUUGUAAAUUUACUUUUUUCUGAAGUGUCAGCUUUAACAUUUCACGCUAGUAGAAACUAAUAGUACUUUAGUAUUUACCAAGUUCUCUAUAUGUAAAUGUUUAUAUACAUGCUCACUUGGAUUAUCUAGCAAGACCAGCAUUCACAUACAGCUCUCGUAUUAGAUAGAACCAGAAAACCUUUCCAAUGUAAUGCCUUAUUGGCUUAUCUGGGAAAGUAUUUCCAAAACCUGAAUUGCUGAUUCAAUUUUCUUAAUUUUCUUACAACUAUGCUUACCGUAUUUACUCCCAAAUACACGUCAAAGCAUGCUUCUGGGGUACUUUGACCCUCCUGAUGCAAGCAUCUCAUUGUUUUGACCGAGUCAAGUUGUAUUUCCUGUUUGGACGCACGCUAUUGACACGCUGUAUACAAACUGAAAUAGCAAAAUAUAAGAUGAAAAUCUGAAGAAACAAGCUUUACUAAGGUUUUCUCAAAAAACUGACUUAACUCUAUUCAUUGCCAUAAUCGUGAACGCGGAGAGUUAUAAAAAAUGAUAACUCUCUAACAUCUUCAUAAUGUUAACGAGAGAGAAUUACGUCAAACAUAACUCUCUCAUGUUAGUUCAAGGAAACAUCGGGAGAGUUAAGAAAUUGGGUGUGGUCAUUGGGGAAAGUGGGCGUGGUUUGAACAUAACUCUCCGAAAUCAUAACUCGCCGAGAUAACUCUCCGGUUGGUACCUCUCCCUUUAGUCAUACCCCCAGUGAGAGUUCCCAGCCCUCAACACUAAGCAUUGAGGCUAAGCAAAAGAAACGACUGUAUGCAAAGGAAUAUAUGAAACAUAAACGGGCCAGGGAGAGUUCCCAGCCCUCAACACUUAGCAUUGAGGAUAAGCAAAAGAAAAGACUGUACGCAAAGGAAUAUAGGAAACGUAAACGGGCCAAUGAGAGUUCCAGUCCUCAACACUGAGUAUUGUGGCCAGUGGCGUAACGUUAUAUCAGGGGCCCCCGGUUCAAAAUUUUCGAAGGCCCCCCCCAGUAGAAGUGCCAAAGGCACGAGUUGAGCGCCGUAUAUGCACGAGUUUUCUAGGGGUCCAGGGCAUGCUCACCCGGAAAAUUUUUGAAUCUAGACUUUCUGAAAUGCCAUUUCCCAGCCUUUGGGGAGAGAUUUUACAGAAUUCUGAUGGUCAGAAAACGACAUUGUGACAUAUCAGAGGCCCUGGUCAAUGUUUUUGCUCUACAGCCUGAGCCUGCGGGCCUCCAUUUGGCCCAUUGGGGUUGGGGGCCCCCGGGUUCGCCCGGUCCGAGGCCAUAGUAGUUACGCCACUGAUUGUGGCUAAACAAAAGAAAAGGCUGUACGCAAAGGAAUAUAGGAAACGUAAACGGGCCAGUGAGAGUUCCCAGCCCUCUACACUGAGCAUUGAGGCUAAGCAAAAGAAAAGACUGUACACAAAGGAAUAUAAGAAACAAAAACGUUGUGAGUUUGAACCACUACAAACUUUAAUAUCAAAUUUCAUGAUGUUGUCUCACAAGGUCCUCUUUAUAUUUGCACUUGUUGUGACCAAUUAGGGUACAAGCAUAGUGUCAUUCCAGUCACAACACUUACAGAAAAUAAUCCUGAUGUUCAAGAAAGAUUGUUAAAUAGAAAAACCGUUAAUAAGGUGGAGUGGUUGUGUAAAACCUGUAACAAGUAUUUAAAAAACAAUCAGGUCCCUCCUUGUGCUGCCGUAAAUGGGCUGCAGUUUCCAGAAAAACCUUUGUUUUUCCAUCUAAAUGAAUUAGGGUGUAGAUUGCUUGCCCCAAGACUUGCAUUUCAAAAAUUAAUGCAAGCUCCUAGAGGUAGACAACUAAAAUUAAUGGAAACAUUGUUAAUGUUCCAGCAGAUGUUGUUAAUACUGUUAACAUGUUGCCAAGGUUUCCAAAUGACACCAGCACAAUUAAAGUUAACCUUAAGAGAAGAUUGCAAUACAAAAGUUCAGCAUUAUCACUAAAUGUCAGACCAAAUAAAGUAGCAGAAGCUGCCAAAUGGCUUGUAACUAAUGGUAAUCUUUAUAAAGAUGAAGUAAUAACUUUCAAUGACGCUUAGCUUGAAGAUAAUUCAAAUACUCAAAUGCUAUUUGAUGAUAGUGACAAUGAUCAAACUUCAGAGGGUUCAGAAAAUGUUGUGGACUGUAAUGCCGAAAGCUUCAACUGUGACACAGAAUGUAAACCCCAGCAAUCGUCAGCAUGUGAUGAUGAUGAACACUGGGGUGAAGACGAGGCAGAAAUACCUGCUGGAAUCACUGACACUAUGUUAACAUCUCCAGAUUUUGUCACUGAUAAUGAACGUCAGCAUAUUUUAAAUGUUGCACCUGGUGAGGGCAAUAGGCCUAUGAGUAUAUUUAGAAAUAAAUACUCAGAGGAAAUAGCAUAUCCUGGUAUAUUUCUUGGACAGAAGCGACCAGACAAUACAAAUAGACUAACCAAAGUCCAUUAUAGUGAAAUUUGUAAAUCUGAAUUAAGAAGGUCUGACCGAAGGCAGGGGUUAUUCUAAGGAUAAUUUACAAUUACUCCAGUAAAUACAAAAAUUCUGCCACUUUGUUGAAGUACUAAUACUGUAUCGACCCGCAUUAUCCCUGAGAAUAACUAGCAACACUUUUUUGAAUUUGGUGUAGUCUUCACCUUACUUAUUCUCUAGUUACACUGUGACUCUGUCACAACAACUGUUAGCCUGCUAAUAGUCACUUUUUGGUGUGGUCACGUCAGACCCCACUCAUACGGUACACCUGUUGAUGAAGUAGGUAAUAUAGGUAAUACACGUUCAGGUCUUUCAGGACAUGGGUUCUUAUUGGAUCAAUGGUGGGAGCAAUCAAUGGACCUAUUCCCUAAUGAACACAAUUUUGAUCUAGACAAGUUUAGACAAACGUUUUAUCACGGCUUGAAAGAGCAUCGCAAAAUUAGUAAUAUUCCGAAGUUUCCUUGCGAAAUCUUGUAAAAUGCGGAUAAUAUAGCCCUGCGAAGUUUGCUGUUUUUCAGUCAUUAACUAUAAAAUUUUAGGAAAUAAAUAUGACCUUCGAAUGAGUUUAGCUAAAUCUCAGGUCAAAUACUUUUCAAUUUAGCAGUGGCAAUUAAUAUCAUUUUAUUUCUGGGUCUUUAUAAAAAUAAAUAAAAUGUUUCCCCUGCUGACUGAGAAUUAAAUGUUAAAAUCUAUCAACGUAUCAAACUGAUAAGAGAUAACGACGAAUAGAAUCACUUCAGACUUCUCAAUUUAGAUUCAAUACCUUUGGCUUUCACUUUCCAGAAAGUUGAUAAAGCAAUGUAAAUAUUGAACGAAACUAAUCUUUCAAGAAGAACUUCUCAAAUCGUCUCUGCUACAAUGAAUGUCAAGAGUGGAAUCUUCUACUAUAAUACUUCUUGUAAAAUUCAAAGGAAGAGCCUGAUAUAAUCAACUUUCUUUGAAAGGCAUUGCCCUUAGUAUUCCACGAGAAAGGCGAGUUCAUCACCUUUUUGUGUCAGCUUUAAGAGAUCUAACAACGGUGAAGAAAGAAAUUAUUUAUUGCCUUGUGGAAUUUCUAGAUCAGAGAUUUGGUGUUGAUCAGAAGAUAUUGAAAGUGGUCAAACCCGUUAUUGCUUUAAAGCCUGAUGCUAAUAUCAAGGAAUUCCAUGAAACAAUAUGUUCAGAUUUACCGUUAAUAGAAUUUUCUCUCGAAUUUAACAGCAUUGUAACAUCACCAGAGCUGAUACGUACUCUCCAAAACCUACGUUUAGCUCAGAUGGGAUAGUAUUUGGCAAGAAAACAAAACAUUUACCCCAAUAUUGUCGUAACCCGUGCCAGAAUAUGGGCAGCAAAACCUCACUCGUGCGACAUUGAAAGGUUAAUCAGUGCAUACAACCUUGUAAAAACAUCGCUGAUUGAGGAAUUCUAUUGAUGUGGAAACACAAAAUCUUUAUCUAUACGUUCACUUCAAUAUGCCAACUCUUGAAGAAUUGGAUAAAAGAAUGUGUGUUGUGAGAUGCCUAUUGCCUGCAACAAAGGGAAGGCAGAAACAAGGAAACUGACAAAGCAGGUUAUCAACGAUGGUUCAAUGGUGUGUUCAAAGAAGCAACUGAGAAGAAAGAACACACAAGCAAUGACAGCUAGUGGAUCAACAUGUAGAACAUGAUAAGAAGGCCAAACUGUUUUGAUCAAAGCUUGGCUUAUGGAUAAAAAACACUGAUAACUUCUCUAAUUUACAUUUUUAAACUAGACUAUACAUUGUAUUUUAUACGUCAAUGAAUGUGACUGCUGGAAUGUACAUGAUAUAUUUUUGUGUGUUGAGUUGAAGACUAAAAUAUCAGUAUUAUAUCAGUGACAACUCCAGUGUUUUUUAUUUACAACUCCAGAUCUUUUUUUCCAACUCCAGAAAGACCUAGCAAAUCCAGCUUAGAAUAACCCCUGACCGAAGGGCUGCAAUGUGUGUGGAAAAUAUUUUCUUUAAAACGAAGAAAUUGCAAAUAAAGAUUUUGCUUGGGCAGUCACAAGUUGCAUUAAGAAAAUGUCAACGAAAUAGUAGCACAAUCACUGCCGGUCAACUAAAACAACCGGGUGCAUUAGAUAACAUGAUUCAUCAUGAUCAAGGAUUUAAAUUUCUUAGAGCUGUAAGGGGUUCACCUCCAUAUUUUGAAAAAGCUAAAAAGGGUAUAUUUGCAAUGAUCAGGCAGCUAGGAUCUGCUUCAUUAUUUUGUAGUUUUUCUUCAGCGGAAACACAAUGGACUCAUUUACUGAGCAGAAUACUUGGUAAACUUGUUGAUAACAAAACAUACACUGACACUGAACUUGAGAACCUCAAUUGGGAAGAGAAAAGUAGGUUAAUUCAAAGUGCUCCUGUGACAUGUGCCAGGCAUUUUGAUUAUCAAGUACACAAGUUUUUGCAAGACUUUCUUUUAAGUAGUGCUGCACCUCUAGGAAAAAUUGCAGACUGGUUCUAUAGGGUUGAAUAUUAACAAAGAGGAUCACCUCAUAUUCACAUGUUAAUGUCGCUAGAAAAUGCUCCUACGUUCGUGGAAGAUUCUGAUUGUGAUGUUGUUUCAUUCAUUGAUACGACAAUCACAUGUGAAAAGCCAACUGAGAAUCCAGAUUUACUUGCACUUGUAAACAGGCAAGUUCAUCGCCAUUCUCACACAUGUCGAAAGAAAUCCAAAAGUGUGUGUCGUUUUAAUUACCCACAGCCACCUAUAAGUCAACCAAAAUUCUAUAUCCAUUAGAUAUUGAUAUGGAUGAUAAUGAAGUUAAUCAACAUAAAGACACUUGGAAAUUUAUAAAGAAACAUCUGAAUGAUGUGAAAGAGGGUGAGGAAAUUACAUUUGACCAGUUGCUUGUAAAUCUUAAACUGACAGAACAAAACUAUUUGCUAGCUGUUCAAUCUAGUCUCAAGACACCAACUAUAUUCUUAAAAAGGAAACCGAACGAACUAAGGAUCAAUAAUUAUAAUGCUGCAUGUCUCAGUGCAUGGCGUGCAAAUAUGGAUAUUCAGUUUGUACUAUAUGUAUAUGCAUGUGCAAUAUACAUUGUAUCAUAUAUAUCCAAGGCUCAAAAAGGCAGCUUGUGAAGAAGCAAAAAGGGGAAACUCCAGUACUAAACAACAAUGAUGAUAAUAAUGAGGAAGAAGAAAGCGAACAAAAUAAUAAAAAAGAUCUAAAGCCAGAAUUAUUCGAAGUGUCUGUUUUAACAAGGAAGUUGAUUCUGAAAAGCAUUGCCGUGAACUAAUCAUGUUAUUCACUUCAUGGAGGGAUGAAAUAACUGAUUUAUUAGGGAAUUGUGCUUCUUACCAAGAACACUAUUUUCAAGUUAAAAAUACAAUAGAUGAGCAAAUGAAAUGUUAUGCUAUGUGCAGUGAAGACCUGAAUGCGAUUCAAGACCAGCUUAAUAACGUGGAAGAUAGUGAUGAAAACUAUGAUCUGAUUGCCCCAGGAACACAAAACAUUGAGCGUUAAGAUGAGGAUGAAGGUGCACAAAACCUUCAUCCAGAAUUUAAUGAAAACUAUGACCUAUCUGGUGAUCUUGGAAUUCCUUCAGCUGCAUCUAAUACGGAGCAGCUGAUAUUACAUGAAGAACAGGAUGAUGUUUACAGAGGAAUGGUACAAAAAUUAAACAGAGAACAAAAAGAAUUUUUCUUCCAUGUUUUACAUCUUAUUAAAACUUCUGACAAUCCAUUCUACUGUUUUCUUAGUGGAGGGGCUGGAGUUGGCAAGUCACAUCUCACUAAGUGUCUUUAUCAAGCAGCAUUAAAGUAUUAUAAUAGUAGAGCAGGUGAUGAUUUCCAUCAAGUGAAAAUAUUAAUGCUUGCACCAACUGGUAAAGCAGCUUACAAUAUCAAAGGUAACACAAUACAUAGUGCACUUUCAAUACCUGCAUGUCAAUCUUUAAAGAAUUACAAACAUCUUGAUUCAAGCAGGUUAAACACCUUACGGUGUCAACUUGGUGGUUUAAAACUAAUAUUUUUGGAUGAGAUCUCAAUGGUUGGUAGUACAAUGUUCAAUGUUCAAAUAAAUAAUAGACUGAAAGAUAUUAAAGGAAGUAAAGAAGAUUUUGGUGGUGUAAGCAUGGUUGUUAUCGGUGUUUUAUUUCAGCUGGAACCUGUAAUGGACAGGUAUAUAUUUAAGAAUCUAGACAAUUCAGAAUAUAAGUUCUUGCUCCUAAUAAAUGGCAAGAUAACUUGUUUGAAUUGGAAGAAAUUAUGCGCCAAAGGGAGAGCAAAGUGUUUGCUGCAAUAUUAA